UCGUUAGGGGGGCGGAGCGGUCUGUUUGGGAUCUGGCUCGUGGGUUCAGUGGGUUAUUGGGCGCUUGACGGUCGUUAGCGUCGGAGACUCGCACAAUGCCCCACAGACGGAAGAAACCGUUCAUAGAAAAGAAAAAAGCUGUAACAUUUCAUGUAGUGCAUAGAAGUCAGAAGGAUCCUUUGACAGCGGAUGAUAGUGCACCCCAGAGAGUUCUCUUGCCUGCAUUAAAGAGAAAUGAUGAAAAAAGAAGAGAAGAACAGCGGAAAUAUGGAGUAUUCUUUGAUGAUGAUUACGAUUACUUGCAACAUUUGAAGGAAGCUUCAGGACCUUCUGAACUUGUUCCAUCAAGCUUCCCAAAUCAAGGCAGGAUUGUAGUGUCUACAGAAGGGGAGGUAGAAGAUGAAAUUCAACACAUUCCGGCUCCUACCAUUAAUCUGCCCUCCUCAGUAUUUGCAUCAGAAUUUGAAGAAGACGUGGGACUAUUAAAUAAAGCUGCCCCUGUUCCAGGGCCUAGACCGGAUCUUGAUCCUGACAUUAUUGCAGCACUAGAUGAUGACUUUGAUUUUGACAGUCCAGAUAAUCUGCUUGAAGAUGACUUCAUUUUAAGAGCUAAUAAACCUGGAAGCCUAGAACUGGAGAAGGAACUCUCUUGCUUAUCUGAAGAUGAAGAUGCAUGGGAAGAUGUGGAGGAAGAGGAUGGAGAAGAUUCUCAAAGUGGCGAAGAAUAUGAUUCUGAAGGUCCUUUGUCAGAUGACAGUGAUUUUAAAGGGAAAAUGAAAGAAUUCCUUUUCAUGGAAGAAGAGACCAAGAGCCGUUUCACAGAGUAUUCCGUGACCUCUUCAGUCAUGAGAAGAAAUGAACAACUGACACUUCUGGAUGAAAGGUUUGAGAAGUUUUUCGAACAAUUUGAUGAUGAUGAAAUUGGACCAUUGGAUAAUGCCGAAUUAGAAGGUUUCAUCCAAAGUGACAGCACUCGAUUACAGGAAGUGUUGAAUGACUACUUCAGAGAGAAAGCAAAGGAUUGUGUGAAAGUUGAUGAUAUUGAAACCAAGAAGAAAGCAGAGUUACCCUUGAAUGAGGAAGAAGAUGAGAUUGAAGAAAUGGUAACUUUAAUAAUUGAAGAACCAAAAGAAAAAUGGGAUUGUGAAUCCAUUUUGAGUACUUAUUCAAACUUAUACAAUCAUCCAAAACUUAUUGAGGUGCCAAAAAAGCUUAAAUCAAUUAGAGUGUCUAAGAAGACAGGAAUCCCUCUAGAUGUUUUGCCUCAGAGAGGAUCUACAGUUAAACAGACUGAGCGCAUGCAAAGGAUUAAUGACUCUGAUUUGCCAAGAGUAUCCACUCAGCCACGCUCUAAGGAUGAGAGUAAGGAGGAUCGGAAAGCUAGGAAACACGCUAUCAAAGAAGAGCGAAAAGAACGCAGGAUAGAAAAGAAAGCAAACAAGUCAGCCUUCAAGCAGGAGAAGACAAGGCAAGAGAAGGAGCUGCUGAAUGUGAAACAGAAUCUUCAAGGACUCAGGCUGUCGUGAUGGAAGAACUGCUUCUUGUUAAGGACGAUGGCCACUUCUGUCUGGUUGCUAAGUGGAAAAGAUACUUUCCAUUUAUCAUAUCAGAAGUGUAAAAAUAAUGGCAAUGUGCUGUUUAUAAAAAUCUAACCACCGGUGUUUACUUACAUGUAAACAGUUUUUUGGUUACCACAACAAUAAAAUCAGUGUAAUAUAUUUCUUC